AGAGGCCGUUUCCUCUCUCCAUGUGUUGCCUUUGCUCCACCUCAUGUGGGUGUGUGAAUGGUUAUACAUAUACUACGGUAGAAUGAGAGUUUUCUCCAGUGCAAGGCAGGAGAAACUUGGGACAAGGGGAACUUUGGGAAACUUACAAGCCAAGCAGGACAUUGCACCUAUAUGAUUUUUUCUUUUUGUGUAGAAUGAUAUUUCAGUUUUGUAUUUUUGGUAACUUUUUCUCUUUUUAACCUAUUUUGACAUUUCAGAAGACUGGACAUAACUUGUGUUAUUUUGAUUUGCUUUUUGUACACUGUGGAUGCUAGGAAGAGGUUGUGGAGACUUGCUGGAUGGUAGUGGUCCUUGUUGUGGUCCUAGUAGUCCUGGAGCUGUGAUGUCAGUGUGAGAGGAGACUGUCAGGGGAUCACUCGGGGCAGGCGUCACAUCCAAGGAGGAGAGACAGCACACCACUCUGGAUUAUACAUCUCACCUCAUUCCAUUAAGAAGCCUUAAAUCCCUCGCUAUGUCUGAGAGCAGAAAGAAGGAAGGAAAGGGGAAUAAGAAAGGGAAAAAGGAUCGGAAGAAAAAUGAGGGAAAUCCAACUUCACCACCGAAACUAAAGGACAUAGAGAGUAAAACAGUAGAAGAGAGCAAUAAGUUGACACUUAAGUGUGAAGUUAUAUCAGAACAGCCUGGCCUGAAAUUUAAGUGGUUCAAAGAGGAUAAAGAAAUUCUAGGGAAAAAAGGAGUAAAGUCAGAAAACAUCAAGAUCAAGAAGAAAAAAAAGUCUUCUGAGCUCCAAAUUCCAAAAACAACAGAAGCUGAUGGUGGAGAAUAUAAAUGCACUGUGUCAAACCAACUGGGGAAUGACAGCAAGAGAGUGAAUGUCACAAUAUCCUCGCCAGUUGGACAUCUAACAAAAUGUUCAGAAAAAGAGAAGACAUACUGUGUAAAUGGUGGUGAAUGUUAUGUGAUCAAUGGAAUUACAAGCAGUCCCGCGAAAAAAUACAUGUGCAAGUGCAAACCUGGAUUCACUGGAGCAAGAUGUACUGCGACUGACCCUGUGAGAGUCAUAAAACCAGAAAAGCAUCUUGGAAUUGAAUUUAUGGAAGCCGAAGAAUUGUACCAGAAAAGAGUCCUGACCAUUACUGGCAUCUGUAUUGCUCUUCUUGUAGUUGGCAUCAUGUGUGUUGUGGCCUACUGCAAAACCAAGAAACAGAGAAAAAAGUUGCAUGAUCGUCUAAGACAAAGUCUACGAUCAGAGCGGAACAAUAUGGUCAACAUGGCAAAUGGACCACAUCAUCCAAACCCACCACCAGAAAAUGUCCAGCUGGUAAAUCAAUAUGUUUCAAAGAAUGUUAUAUCCAGUGACCAUGUAAUUGAACGGGAGACAGAAACAUCAUUUUCAACAAGUCAUUAUACAUCAACAACACAUCACUCAACAACAGUAACGCAAACACCAAGCCACAGCUGGAGCAACGGGCAGUCUGAAAGCAUUAUUUCAGAGAGUCACUCCGUAAUUGUUACAUCAUCAGUAGAAAACAGUAGACACACAAGUCCAACAGGGCCAAGAGGACGACUCAAUGGCAUUGGAGGUCCCAGAGAUUGCAGUUAUCUAAGGCAUGCAAGAGACACUCCAGAUUCAUACAGAGAUUCACCCCACAGUGAAAGAUAUGUUUCGGCAAUGACCACACCGGCUCGCAUGUCACCUGUAGAUUUUCAGACUCCUCUAUCUCCGAAAUCACCUUGUUUGGAAAUGUCUCCACCGGUAUCUAGCAUAGCUGUAUCCGUUCCUUCUGUAGCUGUCAGCCCAUUCAUAGAAGAAGAAAGACCAUUGCUUUUAGUGUCACCGCCAAGAUUACGAGAUAAAAGAUAUGACUUAUAUUACCAUCAUCACCAUUACAACCAGCAGUAUAAUUCUUACCAUCAUAAUCCUGCCCACGACAGCAGCAGCUUGCCACCAAGUCCAUUAAGGAUAGUGGAGGAUGAGGAAUAUGAAACCACGCAAGAGUACGAGCCAUCAAUGGAGCCUGUAAAGAAACUAGUGAACAGCCGGAGAGCAAAAAGAACAAAACCCAAUGGUCACAUUUCCAAUAGAUUAGAAUUGGACACUGACACAAGCUCUGAGAGCAGUACAUCUGAGAGUGAGACAGAAGAUGAAAGAAUAGGCGAGGAUACACCUUUCCUGAGUAUACAAAAUCCCCUGGCGACCAGCUUAGAGUCAGCAAGUGCAUACCGGCUUGCAGACAGUAGGACUAACCCAUCUAGCCGAUUCUCAACGCAAGAAGAAUUACAAGCAAGGCUGUCCAGUGUAAUAGCUAACCAAGACCCUAUUCCUGUAUAAAACAUAGAUUCACCCCUAAAACUUUAUUUUAUAUAAAUGAAGUAUUCCACCUAAAUUAAACAAUUUAUUUUAUUUUAACAGUUCCGCAGUAGAAAACAGGAAACAUUUUAUAACUUAAGUAUAUGUACAAAUGUGUUAUGUGCCAUAUGUAGCAAUUUUUUACAGUAUUUCAAAAUAAGAAAGACAUCAAUGGUGCCUUUAUGUUAUGUUAUGUUGAAAACAGUUUUUGUAUGUCCCAGUGAUUGCUGUCCCACAGUAUUUUUGCAAAACUGCCCUAUCUUUUUUUUUUUCUUUUUUUUUCUUUCUUUUCAUUUAUUUUGUUCCUUUAAUGGCUUAUUGUGCGUUGCAUUAACAGUGUAGAUUGAAUGUAUGAUUUGCAAGAGUUACAGCAAUCCCUCAUUGUUUGCUUGUGGUACUGUAGUCUAACUGUCCCUACAAAGCAGUACUCAUACAAUUGUUUGUGAAAAAGAGUUGUUUUGCUUUCAGUAUACAACCAGGUUAUGUUUGCUUUGCUUAUGAGGCUCUGAUCUAAUAGUAGAUUGAAUAGCAUGCUACUAUUAAUCACAGCGGGAUAGCAGAGACUGCAAAUACACAAUGUAUAAUACUGGAAAUGCGAAUGCUACUGUGACAUACACAAUGCUUAACUGGAAAGCUGAUUACUUCUGGAAAUGAACACACUAGAGUCAGAUAAUAUCAUUUUACUGUCUCAUUGAUAUACAGGUCCAUAAUGACGAAGGGUAUCACCUGUCCCCCUCCCACAUUACCUUUCCCCCAUAUUUAAUAAACAAAUACGCUAUUAAGUAACAUAUUUAUCCAACAUGAGGGGUUAGCAGGCAAUUGAACACUAAUAAAGGUGCAAUUAUUUUUGACCAUUCUAUUUUAUUUUCUAUGUAAUGUGUGUGUUUUAAAGGGUUGAAGUAAAAACAUAGAUACUAUACACUAUUUAUGAGCUAGCAAAUCUGUUACUUAGAAUAACAAAUAACCUUGUAUGAGAGGAUAACCUUCAAUUUCUGUGAACUCAAUUUUUUUAUAGGAUGAGUAUGAAAGGUGUGCGGUUUUCAUUUCUAGUUAGCCAGAUGAGAGUGGGUCUUCUAUUUUGAUAUAACGAAAAUGUAUUUAUUUGAAAAGCACGUUUGCAUUCUACGGGCUGAAAACAUGCAUGAACAUUUGGUUAGGAAUGUGCAUGACAGUGAUUAAAUGAGACUCAGUGACUGUUAGUAGUUUCAGUAGCUUUGGAUAUAUGUUGGAAAUAUUGCACCUUUUACAUCAAGAAGGACUUCUUUUUUUCUUUUGUUUAUCCGUCAUGUUUUCCCAAUGAUAAGUUAAAGGGGUACUUCGGUGGAAAACUGUUUUUUUUUUUUUUUUUUUUUAAAUCAACUGGUGCCAGAAAGUUAAACAGAUUUAUAAAUUACUUCUAUUAAAAAGUAUUUACCCUUCCAGUACUUUUUAGCAGCUGUAUGCUACAGAGGACAUUCUUUUCUUUUUGAAUUUCUUUUUGGUCCUGUCCACAGUGCUCUUGUUAAGGUUGGCUUCUGGUUAGGCCUUAAAAUGUGAGUGACUGCCGCUGUAUACUGAGUGUCGACACAAGAAAUAAGCACCAGACAAAAUGUUGACAUAUAUCUCCUUCUCGGCAUACUGGCUAGGGAGCGGCCCCAAGGGUCACAAGCAAAUAGCAAGCUGAUAUGUCUCAUAAGGAAAAUAAUGUUUUUCUGCAGCAUAUUAGCAUAUAUAUCUACUUUUAAUAUAUAUAUAUAUAUAUAUAUAUAUAUAUAUAUAUUGAUCAGUAAUCAAAAUCAUAAUGGUCAUCCUUAUCACUCUCUGCUGACACCUCUGUCUGUGUCAGGAACUGUCCAGAGCAGCAUAGGUUUGCAAUGGGGAUUUUCUCCUGCUCUGGACAAUUCCUAAUACGAGCAUCAGGUGUCAACAGAGAGCACUGUGGACAAGACAGAAAAGAAAUUCAAAAAGAAAAGAAUUCUGUUUAACUUUCUGGCACCAGUUGAUUUAAAAACCCUUUUCCACCAGAGUACCCUUUAAGCAUGAUUCUACCUUUAAACUACCUAAUUUCUCAGGACAGGUAAAAUAUUAAGCAAUGGUCUUCCAUACUCAACGAAUGACAGCAUGUUAUGAGUACUGAACAGGGAGCGACAGAAAUGUUUGUCCAUUGGUUUUGUUCUUAGGGUUUUUUUAUAUCUCUCUUUGAGAAUGAUCGAUUUCAUAGCUGCCAUUUUCACUGUGAUUAGCUAAGGAAUGAUGCUAUUACGUUAAGGUUUUUAUUGCAUUUUAAAUACUAGAGAGAGAUUUUUCUAUUGGCACCAAUUACCGGAAUUACUUCUCGUUUUCAGAUAAUUGACUGCCUAAAAGGGAAGAAAUAAAAUCAUGCUUUCUCUAGUUUUUAGAAAUAUUGCAAAAAUGGCUAGAACAGUAACAGCAUUAGGAUUGGAAUAAAAUAAAACAAGGGUUUGAAUGUCUGUGCUAUUGAGAGAACUUAUGCAUUUUGUAUUAGUAAGUAUUUUCCGCUUGUUGCUUUGCUUUCCGAACAUGUUUUUCAUUUUUUAUAUAUGUAUAUGUUUUUCUGUAUUCUUUUUAUGCCGUGAGAGAAAAUAUGUUACACUUGCAUUUGUGGGACUCUCUACAAAACUGACAUGGAUUAAAAUACUUUGCUUGUUAAAUAUCUGCACCUGUAGUUUUCAAAGCAUAUCCCAUUCUAGUGUAUAGUAGUAACGCCUGCCUCUGCGUUUAGGCCAUAUUGGCUAUUAGAAAAUUGUAUUUUAUUAACAAGCACUGCAGAGUAAUUGUAACAACACAACUGGCACAUAUCACAAGGUCCAAUAUAUGUUUUUUUAUGUUUAUUUUGUAUAUACACAUUCCCAGAUAUUUUACUUAUUCAUUUACUGUUUAAUAUACAUUUUGCACCAUUAGCCCUCUCCUUGAUAUGUUUGUAAAAAGUUAAAUACUGUACGUAUAAGUUACUUUUAUUUAUAUUUAGGUUGCAGCACCAGAGAACUAGGAGAGAACUGUCAAACUAUUUUAUGUUAAAUGUUUCAUUUGUUUUAAAGUCCUACAUUAUUAUAUGUUUCUUUUUAAAAUGUAAUGUAUUCUUUUCCGUUUUAAGUAAUUUAUUGCUCAGAAGAAUGUAAUGGAUUUGGUGAAAGAAAAGAGAAAAAAAUAUAUUGCAAGGUACUUAAAAUACUAAAGAAUUUAUUAUCCCAAGAACUAAGCAAUAAGUAAUCGUUGAUUUAUUUUUGGUUGUUAUUCUUUAUCUGCAAACAUACUGCUAAUGCAAUAAAAUGCUACAACAUACAACCAAGAAUUUUGUGAGAGCCAGCUGACACAACAGAGUGACAUAUGACCUCUGUCAACACUAACCCAGAUCUUCAACCUUUGGUAAUAAAACAGGUUAUCCCCCUUCAAAAAACUUUCUGGUCAUGCUGUGAAUCUCUGAUAAUUUGUACAAACCUUGCAUGUGAAAGUAUGUCUGAAUAAAUUUUCCACUUUUAGUGAC